AUGCAAACCGGCCUCCCACACCAGCGUAUUGUGGAAGCUAAAACCUCCCACAGAGAAAAGCAUUCCUGCAAGGGCCAAGGGAUCAUUCUCUGCGGGAAACCAAGAUCGGAACUCAAGACCGAGUCUAGAUUCACCAAAGACCGACAGCUGGUCUACCCGCGCAGACCAGUCACAACGAAAGAACUUGUAGCUUGUACUUCUCACUGCUUUGUUCUUCUCCCCAGAUUACUGCUUACCUGGGCAAAGCUCCCGGCCAGCGAGCCCUUCGACACGGCCUCGUGGAUGCUGGUGGCCCUGGUGGCCAUCCAGGUGGCCGCCGUAUCCAUCUUCCUGUUCGAGUGGCUCAGUCCCUCGGGCUACAACAUGAAGCUCCAGGCGCCCCAGAACCACCGCUUCUCUCUCUUCCGAACGCUGUGGAUGGUGUGGGCCAUCCUCUUCCAGGCCGCCGUCAACGUGGACUGCCCCCGCGGGUACACUGCCAGGUUCAUGGGCAACGUGUGGGCCAUGUUCGCCCUCAUCUUCCUGGCCAUCUACACCGCCAACCUCGCCGCCUUCAUGAUCACCCGCGAGGAGUUCUAUGACCUGUCUGGCAUCGAGGACAAGAGGCUGCAGAACCCGACGUCGAUGAAGCCGCCCUUCAAGUUCGCCACGACGCUGCAUGGCAACACGGACGUGCUCAUGAAGAAGUCGUUCCCGGUCAUGCACGCCUACAUGAGGCAGUUCAACCAGUCGAGUCCCCUGCAGGGCAUCCGCGCCGUCAAGAAGGGGAAACUGGACGCCUUCCUGUACGACGCCACGGUGCUGGAGUACCUGGUGGGGCAGGACGACGAGUGCCGCCUCCUGACCGUGGGCUCCUGGUACGCGCUGACGGGCUACGGCGUCGCCUUCGCCAGGAAGUCCAAGUACUUGGAAAUGUUUAACGAGCAGAUAAUGAAGUACCGAGAGAAUGGGGACCUCGAGAGGAUCGCCAGGUUCUGGUUCACGGGCGCCUGCAAACCCAACAAGCAGCAGAAGUCCUCGAGCAAGCCCCUGGCCCUCGAGCAGUUCAUGUCCACCUUCCUCCUGCUGGGCUGCGGCAUCCUGCUCGCCCUCCUGCUACUGGGCCUCGAGCACGUCUACUUCAAGUACUUCCGCCAGUAUGUGGCUAGGUCGGAGACGGGCACCUGCUGCGCCCUCCUCAGCAUGAGCAUGGGCAAGUCGCUGAGCUUCCCCGGGGCGGUGUUCGAGAGCCAGGACGUGCUGCGGGCGCACCGGUGUCAGGACCCGCUGUGCGACACCCACCUCUGGAAGGUCAAGCAUGAGCUGGACAUGGCGCGCCUUCGCAUCCAGCACCUGGAGAACCAGCUGGUCGACCACGGACUCCGGCCGCCGCACAAGAAGGAGCUGUCCACCGCCUCUGCCCCCGCCGACUUCAGGAGGCCGCGAGACAUGACGCGGAACCACGUGGCCAACAACGAGCCCAUCAGAGGCCCUCUCCUGGCCGCCGCGAGCAGCAGCGCCGGACGGAGGUACCGGCGGCUGGAGGUGGCUGAGCUGGAGACGGUGCUGUGAUGGCCCCGUCGCUGCGCCGAAGGGAG